ACAACAGGACAAUUUAAUCAGCUCCUUACAAGGAUUGAGUAUUGUACAUAGAACAUCCUGAAAAUGGAAGCUGAAAAAUCGUCAUCGUUGUUGUUAAUCAAAGAGGAAAAGAAUUUGGAGGAGGGUCUUAUUGAAAACACAGGUGAAGGCUCUUCAUUUGCAGACCCCUUCUUAGAAGUCAAGGCAGAACCAGAAUUUUUUGACCAUGGUGAAUUUGAUGUGAACUGUUCAUCCCAAUCUGUUAAGUAUGAGGAGGGCAUCUCUCCAAGCUGUGAUGAUGAAAGCGUAAAGAAGAUCUGUAUUGCAGAAGAAAGUAGACAUUUUGGCAGGAGAGAUGCGUUUUCAAAAAGAGAGAAAUCCCACAUGAGAGCCCAUAAAGAGGAAGUACAUACUUGUUCUAUAUGUAAAAAAAGUUUUUCUCAUUCAGCUAAUCUCAAAAACCACAUGAGAACUCAUACGGGAGAAAAACCAUAUAAUUGUUCUAUAUGUCAAAAAAGUUUUUCUCUCUCAACUAAUAUCAAAGACCACAUGAGAACUCAUACAGGAGAAAAACCAUAUAAUUGUUCUAUAUGUCAAAAAAGUUUUUCUCAAUCAAGUAAUCUCAAAAAACACAUGAGAACUCAUACAGGAGAACAACCAUAUAAUUGUUUUAUAUGUCAAAGAAGUUAUUCUCAAUCAAGUCAUCUAGAAUACCACAUGAGAAUUCAUACAGGAGAAAAACCAUAUAAUUGUUCUAUAUGUCAAAGAAGUUUUUCUCGAUCAAGUGAGCUGAAAAGACACAUGAAAACUCAUACAGGAGAAAAACCAUAUACUUGUUCUAUAUGUCAAAAAAGUUUUUCUCUCUCAACUAAUCUCAAAUACCACAUGAGAACUCAUACAGGAGAAAAACCAUAUAAUUGUUCUAUAUGUCAAAAAAGUUUUUAUCUCACAACUAACCUCAAAAGACACAUGAGAAUUCACACAGGAGAGAAACCAUAUAAUUGUUCUAUAUGUCAAAGAAGUUUUUAUCAAUCAAGUGAUCUCACAAAACACAUGAGAACUCAUACAGGAGAAAAACCAUAUAAUUGUUCUAUAUGUCAAAGAAGUUUUUAUCAAUCAAGUAAUCUCACAACACACAUGAGAACUCAUACAGGAAAAAAACCAUAUAAUUGUGAAAUGGGAGAGAAAUCAUAUAGCUGCUCUAUAUGUCAAAGACGUUUUUCUCAAUCAAGUGAUCUCAAAAAACACAUGAGAACUCAUACAGAAGAGAAAACAUAUACUUGCUCAACAUGUCAAAGAAGUUUUUCUCAAUCAAGUGAUCUCAAAAAACACAUGAGAACUCAUACAGGAGAAAAACCAUAUAAUUGUUCUAUAUGUCAAAGAAGUUUUUCUCAAUCAAGUGUUCUCAAAAACCACAUGAGAACUCAUACAGAAGAAAAACCAUAUAAUUGUUCUAUAUGUCAAAAAAGUUUUUCUCUCUCAACUAAUCUAAAAAAACACAUGAGAACUCAUACAGGAGAACUACCAUAUAAUUGAUUUAUAUGUCAAAGAAGUUAUUCUCAAUCAAGUGAUCUCAAAAACCACAUGAGAACUCAUGCAGGAGAAAAACCAUAUAAUUGUUCUAUAUGUCAUAAAAGUUUUUCUCUCUCAACUAAUCUUAAAAAACACAUGAGAACUCAUACAGGAGAACAACCUUAUAAUUGAUUUAUAUGUCAAAGAAGUUAUUCGCAAUCAA